GCCAUGCCUUUUCUAGGACAGCAUUCCACUUUAUUAAUAGCCUGGAGGGUAAAGAACCGAGGGCGCAUCUAACCUUAAUUCUGAGACCUUUUCGGAAUUUGCUUCUGUUUAAUGCAGCUAGUGUAAGUUUUUAGGUGAAAUCUAUAAUUUGUUUGUUUGGCGACGAGUUUGCGGGAUUGGAGGAAAGGGCGAGAUUUGUUGUUGCGUGUGCUAUCCCUAGUGCGGGGUAGUCAUUUCUGUUUGGUUCGGGCAGACUUCCGGGGCGGGUCACUUUUCGACCUUUUCUUUUUUUCUUUUUUUUUUCUUUUUUUUUUUUUGCUAGCGUCGCUUUGCAACCAAUUCACUCUCGCGAACUCUGCGACUCACCAAUACAUCAAUGCCGGCUUCGACAAAACCCGAUCAUUAGCCAACGUCGCUUUGCGACCAAAACUUGCCGGGCUACCUCCGUGACACGAUCGCUAGAAUGCGCCCCUAAACCGUACGCGCUUGUUCUCUGCGCGGCACACCUCUUUCGGCAGGUGAAGCACCUGCACAUGAUCGCCGGCAUGGGCCCCGUGCUCUACUGGCUCACGAACUACGCCUUCGACUUCAUGUUCUACAUGGGCACGGCGCUGAUCGUGCUGCUUCCGCUGCCACUCGUCCCCCACACGAUGCUGUCCACCGAAGACUUCCAGCUGAUCUUCGUGCUCAACCUGCUACACGGCUACGCCGCUCUACCAGCAAUCUACAUCUGCUCCUUCCUGUUCGACAGCCCCAUCGUAGCAUACUCGGCGCUCGUCAUCUUCACGUUCAUCAUCUCUUCGGGAGGUUCCUUGGCCGCGGUGUUCAUGGAGCACUACGGCGAGGAUCUAAACAACGCCUUGCUGACCACGGUCAUCGAAGUGACGCUGCAGGUGCUGAGGCUGCUGCCCUCGCAGUCCUACUCUCGCGGUAUGACCAAGAUCCUCCAGCUGGCCAGGGAGAAUUGGCUGUGUCGCCGAGGAGGACUGCAGCUCGAAAGCCGCUGCCACACCAAGCAGGCACAGGGCCGACUGUCCUUGCUGCAAUGCUGCUUGCACCUCCACACGCCGGACCCAUCCGAGUACCUCAUCCACCCGCUGGACGUGAACCCGUACUCCGCCUUCUACGAGUUCCUCACGCUCUCCAUCGAGGGAGUGGUGCUGUUCGUGAUCCUGGUGUGCAUCGAGGUGUGGCUCCCCUCGGUGGACAAGUCGCUGAGCGCGCUUAAACCCAGUGCCUACGGGGAGAGAUACCCAGUGGCCAAGCCUUCCCACGCCGUGGGGAAGGCGCUGACUGGCACCAAGAAGGUGAGCGCUAUCGCUUCUGGCUGGGAUGCUGCCCGCUGGCAGAGCCGAAUCAAUCACGCCUCAAACUUCAUUUUUUUUUUUUCAAUUGCAACUUGCGUUUCGAUCAACGAUGGGCGAACAAUAUGGAGCCUCAGUUUGGAGCAUUCAGCAUGGAGCCUGGGAGGGAGUCGCGGUCCUUCAACGUCGCCGUGCAUUGGCCUUUCCCGCACUGCAUUUCGCGCGCAGGGGCUGAGCUUCACCGUGCGCUCCGGCGAGUGCUUCGGCCUGCUGGGCGUUAACGGCGUGGGAAAGACCACCACCUUCCGCGUGCUGACAAGCGACAUUCUGCCCCACGACGGGGACGCCCUGAUCUCCGGCUUCUCCGUCGUCAAUGACACGCACAUGUAUCGGCGCUACGUCGGCUACUGCCCGCAGCGAGACGGCGUGCUCGACAUGCUGACUGGCACCGAGACGCUGCAGUUGUUCGGGCGCCUCAAGGGCAUCACCAUCACGCCGCAGUACCUGCACGUGUUGCUGCACAUCUUCCGCCUGCAGGAGAUCGCCGAACAGCUCGUCAUCACAUUCAGUGCUGGCAACCGGCGCAAGCUCUCCCUCUGCGUCUCGAUGAUGGGAAUGCCCCGGAUGCUGCUGUUGGACGAGCCGUACGCCACAAUCGCUCCGGCGGCGCGAAAGCGCAUCGUCAACUACAUCAACGCCCUGCAGCAAGUCAGCAAGAUGUCCAUACUGCUCAGCUCGCACAGCCUGUCGGACGUCGAAUUCCUGUGCAACCGGAUCGCCAUCAUGGGCGAAGGGCGUCUCCAGUGCCUCGGCUCGCUCGCGCACCUCAAGGAGAAGUUCGGCAAGGGUUACACCAUCAGCGUCAAGACGUACCCGGACAGGAAGCAGGACUUCGGGUACCAGCAGGAAGUCGCCGAAGCGGUGUGCAAGGCCUUCCCGGAAGCCGAAAUGGUGCACACUUGCGAGGGUCUGUUGGAGUUCCGGAUGUCGCGGGUGCAGAUGCAGUGGAGCGAGAUGUUCAUGCGCAUGGGGCGCAUCAAGCAGCGCUUCAAGCUGCAGGACUUCUUCAUCUCGGACACCUCGCUCGAGCAGAUCUUCACGAGCGUGACGCGAAAGGAAGCGUUCGAGGCUGCCGCCGCGGCCGCCGCCGCCGCGCCGCCAGCCACCGGCGCGCUGCCGCCCGUCCUGGGCACCACGCUGGGACUCUGAUGAAAGCGGCUGCCGCCCCUCUGCCGUGUUGCGCGCACUCUCGCCUGGACACUGUGGCGCCUCGCGCAAGCGCUGUGCCCGCGCACCAAGGAGCUUGGCCGUGUACGCUGCCGUCGGGUCGAACAGAUAUACUUGUCGGCUGACCGUUAAAGAAAACCAAAAAAAUACGUGCCGGCGCGCCGGAAUUGCCACUUUUCUCUGUCCGUGUAUACAUGCAAUCUUAACCACUAAACAGACAGCCGGCUUGUACAUCUGGUGCUGUGGCGCUAUGCCAGCACGGUUAGGAAAGUGCGAGGACGACAGAUGGAAAGAUGGACGAGCGUCUUGCUGUCGUCUUUCGCUCUUCGAGCUUUCCUAAGCCUGAAUUCACACCAACUCGCCCGCUUCCCCGUGCGUCGAAGUGCGGGUCAGCGUUGGUGCUGUUGAACCGCUCCGUGGGCUC